AGACAAGACUUCAAAGAUGAGCUGCUUUUCCAAGAAAGAAGCUGACAUUCUGCUGCCUGCAGAUGAAAAACCAGAGCUGAGGAUCGUCCUGCUUGGGAUGGUUGGAGUUGGGAAGAGUUUUUCAGGAAACAAAAUCCUGGACAAGGACCUAUUCCACUCAAAGCCUGGUCUAUCUGCUGUCACAGAGAAGUGCCAGAAGGAAAUGGGGAAUAUUAACAACCAAAAUGUGGUUGUUGUUGAUACUCCUGGUCUGUUAAGCAUUGACAAAACAGAAGCGGAGAUUGUGAGAGAGAUCAAGACAUCCAUCAAACUUGCAAAACCUGGUCCUCAUGUGUUCCUGAUUGUGCUGAGUGUGAGAGAUAAAUACACAAAGAAAGAAGAAGACAUGGUGAAAAGCAUUUGCGAUACUUUUGGCAAAAACACAAUGGAUUACACUAUGGUGUUGUUCACCCAUGGAGAAGUUCUACAAGGUACCAAGAUAGAGGACUUUUAUCCUCAAGAUCCAAAUCUCCACGAGCUAAUCAAAAAGUGCUAUUAUGGAUACCAUCUUCUUGACAAUCGUCCCGAACAGGUCCCUGAGCUACUGAAGAAGAUCAACGAUAAGGUUCAGACAGCAGAAGGAAGAUACUACACUUGUGAGAUGAUCCAAGAGGCUGAAACUGCCUUACAACAACAGAAAACAUCAAGCAGCAAUGAGGGGGCCAAGCAGUACACUAGCAGGAAUGGCGUUGCCUUGGGGGGGGCCCCCCCUGUGACAACUGAAAGAUAA